UCUUUCGUUGCUUUACCCUCGUCAUGUAACGACGCGUUUUUACAUUCUUCGAAUUUUUUUUUGUCCCUGUUGAAAUAUUUUAAUUGUGUUUUUACUAGUGCUAUUUACAAGGAUAAUACAUAGAAGUAAUCUUACCAGAAUAGUUUACACUUUUUCAUUCUGUACCUUUCCAUCAUUGAAAAUUAAAGGUACAGACGACGCACUCAAUCGACAAUAUGGCUAACGAAGCUAGUUUAAGUUGCAAAAAUGGGAACGACAUGAACUUACCGUUAACUUCUUCACGAGAGGAGAGGAGUUCUCUAAAUUUUGACUCAAAGAAAGUGCGUUUCGCCCCCAACAAAGCUAUGAGGAAUCCGCUGAUUCUCGACGCUGUCUUCACCCACCUCCACCUCCGCGACUUGAAGACGUCGCGUCUCGUUUGCCACGACUGGAACGACGUCGGCGUCACUUUACUAGGAAAACGGGCUUAUCUCCAUGCCAACAAACUUUUUACACUCACGGCGACCAAGUUGUUUGGCGUUCAUGUGACCCCUGUCAACUCCCAACUGUUCCGGCACCUCCGCAUCUCGGACAACUUUAACCUAUCCAUUUGGUCAAACAAGAUGAAAACUGGCAUUAUUACACAAGUUCUCACCGAAGUUCCGGAAGUGGUUCAAUUAACUCGUGAAAUUAAAUUUGACGUCACUCACAAGGAAUUUGUCCCCCCUUUUCUCCAAGGAAUUAGAAUGUUGAGGUCCACAAAAAUCCGACACGUGGACAUCUCCACCCACGUGCAAUCCUUCCGUGACUACAUAAUUCCUGCCGAAACAUAUCAAAAACUCCCCCCACAACCUAGCCUGACCUCUGUUAAGUUCAAAACUCUUUCAGACUCUCAAUCUGGUCGGAAGCUCGAAUUUCAACCCUUAAUCAAAGUCUGGCUUGAUGCUGCCCCCAAUCUGACCACUUUGGACAUCGCAGCGUCCUUCUAUCCAAAUCUGGAGGGGUGCACGAAUCUCAAAGUGCUGAGAUUUGAAUUCUUGGAUUGGGCAGACAUCAAAUUGGACAAAGUGACUAAGAUGUUGGGACAGGUUAAGGAUUCCUUAAUGGAGCUGAAAUUGAGUAAACGUUAUUCCAGGGAGCAGAUCCAAACUGUUGAUGAAGUUCCCGUCAUGUCGCAACUUACCAGUCUUUCAAUCCAUUCCUUACAUGCGUACGGAAUUCUUGGCUUUUUUGAUGAGGACCACUUCCCAAAAUUGAAAACCCUCUCUCUCCACCACGCAUCAGGGGAGGGAACCCUGACAUCCCAUCUAAACUUGUGGAGGCGACACGAAGGAGUUCAAUCUCUUGGGUUGACCGUGGAUUUCUUGUCUUCGAAGAAUGGGGAGGAGGAGGACUUCGGGGAAGAAAUUGUGGAAAUGUUUCCCUCUGUUAAGGAGUUGGAUUUGACGAUGAAACACAUAAGUUUAAGUUUCAUUCCCGCCAUCAACCGUAUUAUGGAAUCGUUCAAGACGUGGGAUUUGGAACGCGUCAACGUUGCCGUCACUUUGGGGAGACAAAUCUCCGUGUUGAUUGAAGUGCUCAAAACUAUGUCCAUUUUGCAAGGAGUUAAAAGUUUCCAGCUUCUGGACAUUACGUCGUCGAGGGUCCACUUUUCCCCCUACAUUGAAGACAUCAUUUUGCACAGUAGAGGAUUUAAAAGUUUUGAAAUCUCGGGAUAUGAGCCACCGGAAGUAGUGGAGCGAAUGAGAUCCAUUUUUCAAGCCAGCAGGGCCCCCGUUCAAUUCCGGGUGGGGCGGCAUACAUAGAAGUCAUCAAACCGAGCAUCGUUUAAAGGUAGUCUGUUCAACAUGGGAAGGCUGUAUCGCGGAAAAUGGGUAGAGUGAGAUUUAUGCAAAUGAGGUGACAAGCCUAAGUAAACAUGUACGAGCACGGUAAAUACAGUGGUGGAAACCCAUUGAGGGAAUUGGGAGACAUAUUUUCUCAUCUAAAUCACACAAUGAAAACUCAAAGGGUAGAAUUCUUUGACCCGAUACAAAAUCAAUCACAUUCUUUACGCAGGGUCCGUUCGAUUUUACACAACUGGAUAGAAUUUUUGGACACUCGGGAUGAUAAAGCCUAUUAAAAAUAUUCAGUAACUUUAUCUAGAUAACCUUUAGACGUUUAGAAUUUACCAAUAACCAAUUUAAGUUUGAUUUUAAUAUGAAAUAGAUUUUUUAAUGGUAUUGAAUCGUUAUUAAAUCCAGAUUGUUAUAUUAGUUUGGUUUAAUGUUUUUUGCGUAAAUCGUAUAAACAAAUAAACAAACAGAUGUUAAGAAAUUGGUCGAAAA